GCAAAGAAGAAGGGUUUAAGGGCCCCAAACCUUUCAGGUUUCUUAAUAUUUGGACUACACACCAUAGUUUUUUGGAAGUGGUUAGUAAUUACUGGGCACAUAGCCCUAGAACAGGAGGAAUGACUGGCUUUGCUAGUAAACUUAAGGGUUUGAAACCUGUUCUGGCCCACUGGAGCAAGAAUCAUUUUGGAAACAUUUUUAAGGAGGUUAAGGAUAAUGAAAUUAAGGCAGCCAGAGCCCAAGAGGAUUUUGAAAAUGACCCAACAGAGGAAAAGAGAGCUCAGGCUAAUCUAGCCUCAGCUAAUCUGAUCCUUAGCCUUAAUAAAGAAGUGGACUUCUGGAAACAAAAGGCUAACAUCAAGUGGAUGUCAGAAGGAGAUUGCAAUUCCAAAAUUUUUCAUUCAUUUGUCAAAAGCAAAAGAAGAAAACUUGCAAUCAAAACAAUCCAUGAUGAUCAAGGCAACAUUUUGACAACUCAAGAGGAUAUUUGCAGAGAGGCUAUUCACUAUUUUUCUAAUUGCUACACCACAGUCACUAAGUCAGAUGAAUCCAUUAUUUCUCAAUACAUUGAUCAAGUCAUUGAUGACAGAGACAAUCAACUCAUCUGCUCUAUUCCAUCUGAAGCUGAAAUUUAUAAAGCUAUUAUGAAUCUUAAUCCUCAUAGUGCAGCUGGUCCGGAUGUCCCCAGAUCAUUUGGUAGCACAUUUAUUACCCUCAUUCCCAAGAUUGAAGAUCCGAAAGGGUUUGGAGACUACAGACCCAUAUCCCUCUCCUCCUCCAUGAGAAAAAUUAAUACAAAGAUCCUUGCUACCAGAUUGGCCACAUUGCUGCCCAAAUUUAUCUCAGAAGAGCAGACAGGAUUUCAAAAGAACAAGGGUGUUGAGGAACAGAUUCUAUUGGCUGAAGAAAUGGUGCACAUGCUAGAUAAAGAGCUCUGUCCUGGUACCUUGUACCUCCGUCCAGACUCAAGGAGCUUCCUAAUACAGCUAUUUGAGCACAGAGGCCAGCCAUAUACACUGAAGGCAGUGUUGAGAAUUGGAAAAAACCAGCUCUCUAAAGAGGAUAUGCUCCAGCUCCAAAUCAUUGACAUUCGAACCAUUACAGUAGCUAAAAGAAAUGAGCUAAAGAAACAAACAGUAGGCAUGAAAGCCCUAAACCUCAAGGCAGAGGAUAUCGGAAAGGACUCGAUGAUGACCAGCAGUUCAUCAAAGAGUCCUGUUGGCAUGUUGGGGACUAGAGUUGAUAAGAACAUGGCAGGAGCUUCCGGCAGAUCCAAGGCCAAAUCCCGGGCGCCUACGACAUCCACCGAGGAACGCCUCUACUAUGGUGACGGGUCAUACCUUUGGUUUGAUUCCGAGGAGGAACGCACCCGUUUCCUCACUUUCUUCUCUAAACGAGUUGUGGCUCCUCCACGGAUCAUCCCGGAGCGCUACCCGGAGCUGCAGGGCUACGACGACCUCGACGCGCAGCUUCAUCAGGCCGGCCUUUGGCCCUUUGUCUCCCGGGCUCGGAAGGAGAUCAACCCGGCGCUGAUUCGGGUGUUCGACUCCAACCUCCGGCGCGACGACGUCUCCCUAUAUGGCGGAGAGGACUGGGUGCUCAACAACGAGGGCCUUAUCCUCAACGAGCUUGGCAUCACCGAGCUCAUCCGCCAUGCCUCGGGCCGCCCCACCAUCCACUCUGCUAACCCCGAUGGUCGUCUUCUUCUCUACAUCAUCUCCCGGAUCAUCAAACCUAGGAAGCACGGCCACACCAUCAUGUCCGGUGAAGAUCUCAAGCUCAUCCAUGCGAUCGUGCACUCGGCCCCAAUCAAUUGGGCAAAGUUUGUCAUGAUCAACAUGACGAUUUCCGCGUCCACCGACCACGACCACCUCCUCCCGUACCCGUUCGUGGUGAUGGACAUCCUUGAACGGUUCAAGGUGACCACCACCGUUGGCCCACUCACAAAGGCCACGAAGAUUUGGGCGGUCAGCACCCAAACCUUCAAGAAGCGGUCGGACAACGCCGGACCUGCCACUGCCAAGCAACGGCGCCGUUCUGCUGCUGGCUCAGCCGAAGCCCAGGCCCGGGCCAACCUUGCCUCCAUCGCCGACUCCCUCAACCGGCUUCACUUUAAAGUUGACGGGAUGGAUGGCUACCUUGAGCGGCUCGACGAGGCUGUUCAAUGCCAAUGGCACGCCAUGAACGCAUACUUCCAACGCGUUAACUACGUCCCCCCACUGUACCAUGGCACGUUCUUUGGGCAAGUGUGCGGUGACGAGGACAAAGAGGAUGGCUCCUACACCCCGUCAAGCUCCCCGGACGAGGACGAGUUCAACGACGCCGUUGACGGUGAUGAGAUGGACGUCGACGACGACGAGGAGGAAACCGAAGACGAAUACUAGGCCACCCCUAGAAUUUCUAUCUCUUUUAUUUUAAUUAUCAUGUCUCUUAAUGCUUCUGUUGUACUCCGCUAUUUCCCAUCUUCAAUAAAUAAAAGUUAUCUUU